AUGGCGCUGGCUCAGAAUUCGAUUUCCAAGUCUUCCAUACUUGCGGCUUUUUUGCUCUCUGCAGAAACGAUCGUUUCGUUGUCUUAUAAACUUAAUGGCUUACUGAUAUUUUGCGAGUAAGUCACAUGUGAAUUGUUUCUGAUUUGUUUCAAUUGUUUCAGGAUGAACACUGUAGGCAAUUUGUUUUUUCUCCCUACCGAUCAUCACGAUGAUUAUUACCUCGAGGCAAACAGAAUACCAUCGAGACCAGCAUCAUCAUUAAAAGGUUUUUAUAAUUUACGAUUGAACAAUUUCUUUCAUUAACCAUAUUUAAUUUCUAUGUUUCAUACAACAAUUGAGAUUUUACUUAAUAUGCAUUUUAGGAAGUUCUGACGAGCACCACCAAAACCGAUCGGAAUCUCCGCGGAUCCUGGAUGGUAUCAUAUUUCAAAUAGUUUAACAAAUUAUUGCUGGUUUUCAGAAAGAUUGGCUAUGGAGCUUCGAAACCGUCUGUUCUUUAUUCCUAAAGCACAGAAGGCUUUUGAUAAUCCAGAAAAGCCUUCUGAAAAUGAAAAUGAGAUCGAAGGCGGCGUUGUAUCACCAAUCUCACCAAGAGCGGCAGUCACAUACGCACACCGAUCGCACAGACUGCUUCGAGUUUUUAAUGAAGGAGGGAAUUUGCAAGAAAAUGAACAUGCAAUUGUGGAAAUUCGUCAGUGCGACAAUCCAAGCAACCGACACAACAUGAAGGUUUCUCAAAAGAAGUUUAUUUUAUAAUCGAUCCAAUAUUUUGUAGGUGAUUGUUAUUGAUGCACACCACGACUUCGUAAUUUUGCAUUCUAUUAUCGAUUGCGAAAUCUUCGACGACUAUGCUUUUUCUAGUCGUCCCCCACGAGACUUUGAAAGGUUUCUCGGCUUUGAUUUGAGUUACAAAAACCAUGAAGGACAACAAGUAACGCAUCGCUCCGGCCGAAUCUGCUCGGUUGUAGCUGACCAUCGAGGACGAAUGCUGGCAAGUGCUUCCAUUGACGGAGGAGAUUCUGGCGGCCCGUGUUACGCGGAAGACCGAUCUCUGAUCGGGAUCAUGGUCUCGUCAACAACGACUGAUCCUUUGCUCGGACAAGAAUAUGAUUGUGAUACUAUAGAAAAGGAGCUUCGUGACGCAUCUGGCAGUCCGGCCGAUACCUGGAUUACACCCGGACACAUAAUAAUAGAAGCAUUCAGAGUAAGUUAUUUUAAAACCUACACUGCGCGUCAUAGUUAUAGACGCACCCCUAUUUUUGCAGUUUUCGAAAGAUAAGUUGAACUUGUUGCUAUCAAACCUAAUUUAUGAUGGGCCUUAGAUCAAAUGCCUAACAUUGGAAAGAGAACUACAAAAGACUCGGAUCAAAAAAUUUUCGAAAUCCGUCAAAAAUAGUUUUUUGACCGGGUCAUAAUUAUAGACGCACCCUGGAUCAGGGCUCAUUUUUUAAUUUUCUUGGAGUUCUCGCCUUUCUUUUUAAUUUUAAAUCAAAACUAAAAUGUAGGAAGCCACAGCAUUUUAAGUAACUUUGAAUCAAGCAAUUUUAUUUACAAACCAUGCGAAAAGCGAAAAAAAUCGAAAAUUUCAGAAAAAAAUGGUCUCUUCUGGAAAUAUCAGAUAAUUUAUAUUGGAGUUUGGGCAUUAAAUUUUCAAAUGAUGUUGUUUUGAACGAUAACUGAAAAGUUCGAGAGGAAAAAAUGCUUCUGCGGUACGAAAAAUAUCUUUUAAUUAGGUGGAUUCACUGUUCAUAGGAAACCUGGCGUUUGUUGAACCGACCUCUCCCGCCAAUAAAAGUUUUUACAUAAAAUUUUCUGAUAGCAGAAACGUCCUGAGUUUCACUUUGAAAGUUUGAAGCUGAUUGUCCUUACUGGUAUUGGUUCAUUCCGUGCUAAUAGAAAAAAAAAGGAAACUUCUUGUUCAUGCAAAUCGAAGACUUUUUUAAAAAUUCCUUUUUGCUCUGACCAUUUCUUUUCUCGGUCAACACAAUGUUAACCUCACGCGAAGCUAGCGUUAAUUUGAUUAUAGACUGUUUUCCCAUACAUUGGAAACAUAAAACUAAUGAGAGUUGAUGAAUCUCCAAACGAGCAAAGUUUUGCUUUUUUUUCUGUUUUGGAAAACGGUUCCGGAAAAGAAAACAGACUUUUUCCAGAUGGUCGAAAAGUAUUUGAAAUAUUUAAAACCCUUUCUGAACACUUUUGCUAUCAAAAAAACCCUAUGUAAAAAUUUUUUUAUUGGCGGGAGAGGUCGGUUCAACGCCAGGUUUCCUAUGAACAGUGAAUCCACCUAAUUAAAAGAUAUUUUUUUCGUACCGCAGAAGCAUUCUUUUCCUCUCGAACUUUUCAGUUAUUGUUCAAAACAUCAUCAUCUGAAAAUUUAAAGCGCAAACUCCGAUAUAAAUUAUCUGAUAUUUCCAGAAGAGACCAUUUUUUUCUGAAAUUUUUCGAUUUUUUUCGCUUUUUCGCAUGGUUUGUAAAUAAAAUUGCUUGAUUCAAAGUUACUUAAAAAUGCUGUGGCUUUCUACAUUUUAGUUUUAAUUUGAAAUUAAAAAGAAAGGCGAAAACUCCAAGAAAAUUAAAAAAUGAGCCCUGACCCAGGGUGUGUCAAUAAUUAUGACCCGGUCAAAAAACUAUUUUUGACGAAUUUCGAAAAUUUUUUGUACUGAUUCUUUUGUAGUUCUCUCUUCAAGGUUAGUUAUUUGAUCUAAGGCCCAUCAUAAAUUAGGUUUGAUUGCAACAAGUUCAACGUAUCUUUCGAAAACGGCAAAAAUAGGGGUGCGUCUAUAACUAUGACGCGCAGUGUAUAAAUUCACAUAUAUUAUUUUUUAGAUGUGGCAAGUACAACAGGGAAUUAUCAAGGUUCGGCGAGAAAGAGAACCUGGAGGCCCGAAAGCGAAGCGUAGAGCAAUUGACACAUUGUGACCAAGACUGGAUUUCUUUCCGAUUCAUUUUUUAUCUGAAAAUUGAGGAAUUAGUUUGUGAUUAAAAAAACAUAUCUGUUAAAGUUGUUCAAGGUUUUUAGGGCUUCAUCGAAUCAUAAUUUGUCAGAGGUUUAAGGUUUUCUGAAAAGGUCAUUUAUUUAGCUUUUUUUUAUUCACCGUUCUAGCGCAUUUUUCUCGACCAUUUCGACCAUAUUUUUUUAUAACGCACUUUUCGACCAUUUCCCCAUUUUGAAAAUUGUUUGAAAUAUAUUAAGGAGAGCCAUUCGCCAGUUUCUCACAGUGUUUUCAGGAGAUCAAAUUCAGUACGUGCUCCAUCACGUCUUACCAGAGUAG